GUUGGCCGCCACACUCAGAGAAUGACGGGAACUCAAACCGGACUGCUCUGUUGAGCACUUUCACUUUCUUGCGCCGGGGAGACCGGAGGAGAUAAACCCGGAGACUUUGGGUGAAAAUGAGUGACUCUUUCGCCAGUCCACUGACCCUCAUCGGAGUCGGGGCCAGUCUGGCCUUCUCUUCCAUCUUCUACAGUCACUACCAGCAGAAGAAGCUGGAAAUACAGAAGCUGAAGGAAAUCCCAAGCUUUCAGGCUGAUCAGCACCUGCUAAAAAUACUCAACGCCUCUCCGGAGAGAAGGCUGCAUUAUGUGGCUGUGGAAGGUGUGGUCCAGCCGGCUGGUGAGCCAUUGGCUAGUCGAUACAUUCCACGGUGCUACGGGGUUGUACAGAAGGUCACCACCCAGGAGCACUGGAAGGUGCGGAAUGCGUCCGGAACAUGGGUCUCCAAAACGAUGAACGCGAAGGAGACGAAGAGCAGCGUCCCGUUCCGCCUGUUCCAAACAGGCUCGUACCUCAGCGAGAUCUCUGUGAAGGUGGAGUCCCCGCUGGAGGCGGGAGGGGACUAUCUGGAGGAGGUGCACAGGGGUGUCCGGAAGGCUGAGGACGGGCUGCUAGAUGUGGUGGUUCAGGGUCUGACUGGAGAGAAGCUGACCGCACAGGAGGAGAGGGAGGAGGUUCUCCGUGUGGGGACGGUUCUGACAGGUUUUGGGGAGGUGGUCCUAGAGCACGGGGGAGUGAUGAGGCUACAGCCGCCGCGGGACGGACGCGCCUACAUCCUCCUGCCCGGAGACCACCAGAGCUUCAUCCGGAGACACGAGAACACAGCUGGAAUGUGGAAGGGGCUGACGGGGCUGUUCGGGAUCACCGGGUCCACGCUGCUAGCCGCAUUCAUCUAUGGAUCACUUAAUAAAGACAGUCGGAAAAGAUAGCAGCUUUCUACAGAACUGAGGAAUGUUCUGGAAUUAGUGCUGUGGGGGGACGUUGGGGUGGGCGAUAUGACGAUAUUAAUGUGAUGAAUAUUAGAAUACACAACACGAUGAGUAUAUGAUGGGUAUGGUCCCAAUGCUGGUCUGAAUGAUUUAAUAUUGAGUACUGAUAGUCUACCAGUCAGCACUCAGUAGCAGUAGUGAUAACCAGUCAGCACUCGGUAUCAGUAAUGUUAGCAUCCUGCUGCCCCAAACCCGUUUGCUGUAAAAAGGAAACCUAUAGGUGAGUUUUCUUUGUUUUUAAGUGAAAUUUGUGCUUCUACUGUGUAAAAUUAAAGGAAAGUUCUGCGCGACUGAUUAGAAACUCUAACAUUUCGUUUUUAGCUGUUAAGCGCCAUUUACUUCCAUUCACUGAGGACUUGCUCCCGGGUACCCUCUGCUGUUUUGCAGUCCUGUUAUAUAACGAGGGAAAUAGGAAGAGGCCAGAUUCUUCAUGAACUGACUCUUACUGCGGUUAUUCUUAUGUUAGCAGCUGCGUCUGUGAUACUGCAGUAGCUUAAGUGUUCUAGAUCAACAGAACCUGGAGUCUGGAAACAACAGCUGGAGUGCAUAAGCAGCAUAACUGUAGUAACUGAACCGUACUGAAUGUAGAUCAUCCAUCACCUCCCUUUUGCUGUCAUUUACUUUUAGUUUCUUCUUUCUUUUGAAAAAAAAAUAAUAAAAUUAUAUAUUAUUUAAAAUUAAAAAUUAAUUAUUUAUAUAUAAAAUUAUAUAUAUAUAUAUAUUACACACAAAAUUAUAUAUAUUUAUAAAGAUUUAAUUUCUAAACAUUACUUUCAAGUUAGCUGUGCUGUUUGUUGGUGCUUGUCCUCUGUUUGUUUAUUCACAACCCUCAGAAAAACAUCAUAAAUGUCUCAGUACUGCAGCGUCAUAUCGCCCACCUUAACACUGCUUUCACUUCCAUUCCAGUUAAACUGAGAGCUCCCUGAUUGGGGGUCAGUGUCUCAGCCUGCCGGGAGGCAGAAGAUCAAGCUAAAAUGAUCUAAAAGAUAUUUAAUCAUGAAUCAACAAAGGGAUUUAAAGGGUCCUGUUUUUUUACUGGAGUUUUCCAUCAAAAUGGGAUGUCGGUUUGGUGCUGAUGGGUUAGUCCUCUGGCUGUUGGGUGAUGGACACAUAAAAAGGGUUAAUAGUAAAUAUAUAUUAAUGAUUUAUUAUAAAGGGAUUUUAAUCACGUAUUACCUCAUUUUUGUAAGUAUGCUGACAUAAAAUAAAACUGGAUUUAUUCA